AUGACAGCCGUUCGAUUUCACGGACGCGGAGAUAUUCGCGUGGACCAACUUGAAGAGCCACGGUGUGGGAAGGAUCUUCACGAAUAUACUUCUGGGCCUGUUCUGGUUCCUAAGACCGAGCAUCCCAUCACUGGAGAGACAUCUCCCAUCACCAUGGGCCACGAGUUUAGCGGCACAAUAGAGGAAGUUGGAGAGGAUGUCAAGCAUCUUGUUCCUGGUCAACGAGCCGUCGUUCGACCCACAAUUUUCGACGAGAAAUGUGCAGCCUGCAAGCAAGGAUGUAGACAUUGCUGCAAGAAUAUUGGAUUUAUUGGGCUAAGUGGGUACGGCGGUGGCAUGUCCCAUCACAUAGUCGCCCCGGCUGAACACUACUACCCACUGCCCGACAAUGUCUCCCUUCAAACGGCAGCACUUAUCGAACCGCUUGCGGUGGCCUGGCAUGCAGUCAAGAUUUCUCCAUUCAAAGUUAACGAUAGUGUGCUGGUCUUGGGAGCCGGACCAAUUGGGAUUGCAGUGAUCCAAAUCCUCAAACUGCAGGGCGCAAAGAGGAUCGUAGUCGUGGAGCUUAUGGAUAACCGCAAGAAACUCGCCGAGCACUAUGGUGCUGAUAACAUCUUUGAUCCUCGUGAAUUAGACGUCCCAGAAGAGGUAUUCAAGGUGACCGAGAAUAAGGGAGUGGAUGUUAUUUUCGACACGGCAGGUGUUGAAAUUGCGCUCAAUGGAGUAAUACCAGCAUGCCGAGUUCAUGGGACAAUCGUCAACAUAGCAGUUUGGGAGAACAAACCCGCUGUCAACGUCAAUGACCUAACAUACAAGGAAGUCAAUUAUAUGGGUGCUGCUUUGUAUGAUGAGAUGUCGUUCAAGGAGGUGAUUCAGGCAUUGAACAAUGGUCAACUGAGGCCUGAAAAAAUGAUUACAGCCAAGAUUAAGCUGGGCGACGCAAUAGAUAAGGGAUUCCAAGAGUUGAUUGAUCAUCGAGAUCGCCAUUGUAAGAUACUUAUUGAUGCACAAACAUCCUAG